GAACCAUUCAUUCAACUGAAGCUAAGGUCGAAUUACCCGCCACAGGCUCGCUGCCCCCGUUCCGUCUCCCCUUCUUCCCUAUAUAACCAACCUUCCAUUCCCUUCCCAAUCUUCUUCACUCUCACAACUCACUACUACUACUACUCAAUCACUCAUACCUUUUCUAGUACACCUUACUACCAACUAAUCUCAUUCACAAUGUCUGGCCUCAACCCCGGUGACAGCUUCCCCGCUGACGUUACCUUCUCCUACAUCCCCUGGUCCGAGGAGAAGGGCGAGAUCACCUCUUGCGGUAUCCCCAUCAACUACUACGCCUCCAAGGAGUGGGCCGACAAGAAGGUCAUCCUCUUCGCCCUCCCCGGUGCUUUCACCCCCGUCUGCUCUGCUCGCCACGUCCCCGAGUACGUUGAGAAGCUCCCUGAGAUCCGCGCCAAGGGUGUCGACGUUGUUGCCGUCCUUGCCUACAACGAUGCCUACGUCAUGAGCGCCUGGGGCAAGGCCAACCAGGUCACCAACGAUGACAUUCUCUUCCUGUCUGACCCCGAGGCCAAGUUCUCCAAGAGCAUCGGCUGGGCCGACGAGGAGGGCCGCACUGGUCGCUACGCCAUCAUCAUCGACCACGGCAAGGUCACCUACGCCAAGCGUGAGCCCGCCAAGAACCACCUCGAGUUCUCGAGCGCCGAGGCCGUCCUCAAGCAGCUGUAA